CGGACCGGCGGAGCGGCUGCGGCGGCAGACGGGCGGAGGCAGGAUGGAGGUGUGGAGCGCCGCCGCCGCCGCCGCCGCGCUGCUGCUGGUCGCUCUGGGCUGGAGGCUCCGCCGGGGCCUCCGGGGCGUCCCGCGGGGCCUGCUGCGGGGCCUCCUGUGGCUCCUCCUGUGGGCCGCCCUCUGGGCCGGCGCCGCAGCUUUCACCACCUGCAGCCUGUUCCUGUCUCAGAACCCGGACCUGGUCUGGGUUCUGCUGCUGGGCGGCCUGGUGGUCUGCUGGGAGGGGGAGGAGCUGCAACCUGAUAGGACGGUUCUGCUGACAGGCUGCGACUCGGGCUUCGGCCACGCCCUGGCGGUGACCCUGAGCCAGCGGGGCCUGACGGUGUUCGCCGGCGUGCUGGACGCGGACGGAGACGGCGCCCGGCGGCUCCGGGACCGGCGCUGCGACCGGCUGCAGGUGCUGCAGCUCGACGUGACCGACCAGCGGCAGGUGGAGGCGGCGCGCAGCUACGUCGGAGCGAGGGUGGCCGACGCAGGUCUCUGGGCCCUGGUGAAUAACGCCGGCGUGCUGCUGUGUCCCGCCGACGCCGAGCUGCAGCCGCUGGACGACUACCAGCGCUGUCUGGACGUCAACUUCCUGUCUGCCGUCAGGAUGACUCAGCACUUCCUGCCGCUGCUGCGGCGCUCCGGAGGACGCAUCGUCAACGUGUCCAGCCUGGCAGGGAACGUCCCCAUGCCGAUGUUCGCCGCCUACGGCGCGUCGAAGGCGGCGCUCGCCAUGUUCUCGGAGGUUCUGCGGCAGGAGAUGUGGGCGUGGGGCGUGCGGGUGUGUGUGGUGCAGCCGACGGCCUUCAGAACCGGGAUCUAUGGCGACUCGGAGUCGGCGAGCCGCCACGCCCGCCGCCUGCUGGCCGCCGCUUCCGCCGAGGCCAGAGAGGAUUAUGGGUCGGAGUACAUCGCGGGUCUGCCGCUGGCGCUGGGCCAGAUGUCCCGCCUCUCGGCGGUGGACUUGACCCCCGUGGUGGACGACGUGGUCCACGCCCUGCUGUCGCCCAGGCCCCGCCCCCUCUACACGCCGGGGCACAUGGGAGGGCUGCUGCCCGUCCUGUACCGCUGCUGCCCCACUUCCUGGUUCGAUUCCCUCGUCAGUCGCCUGAACUACAGGAAACCGGCCGCGCAAAGACAGUCGUCCCCGUAACACAACCGCACAGGACUGCACAACGUUACACUACAGCACACAACUUUACACAACGCCGCACCGCACAACGUUACACAACACCGCACAACGCUACACCGCACAACGUUACACUACACCGCACAACGCUACACCGCACAACGUUACACUACACCGCACAACGCUACACCGCACAACGCUACACUAUAUCGUACAACGCUACACCGCACUGCACAACACUACACCGCGCCGCUCACUACAGCCCGCAGCGCUGCACAGGAAGGAUCCACCCCGGAGGUUCUGACUGGAAUCUCGUCACAUUCAAACCUUUUGCUGCUCAGAAAAUUAUCAUUAUUAAACACAUCUGGACAACCCAGAUCUGGUCCCAGCAUGUGGAUCCAGGACCUGGACCUGGACUCACAUCUGGUCCCAGCAUGUGGAUCCAGGACCUGGACCUGGACUCACAUCUGGUUCACCACUGCUUCUUUUCUUUAAAGCUGAAAUGAGGAAGUUUGAGCUGAAAUCACAUUUCGACACGUCUGACGGUUUCUGACGGUUUCUGACGGUUUCUGAUGGUUCCUGUUUCGACACCGAGUCUGUUCUUAGAACAAACCGUUUCUUGAUCUGGGAUCUGGACUUGUCCUUCAGGUCCAGCCUCAGCCCGUUCCUUCACAGCUGAAAUUAUUUGGCCGUCUCUCGGCGCUGCGGCUGCUUCCAGAAGAGAUCAGAAUUUUAUUAUUUUUAUUGUAAAUCAGACAAAGUUACACCAAUAAACCUCAAACAGAAAGCUGACGGCUGCAGACUGGUCUCUCCCCUGGAGCGUCCAGCCAGUCCGGUGGCCGCUGUGGUCCUCAAGGCGCCGGCUGACGGACAUCCUGCCUCACGUGGCUGCUGGUGCUCGGCGCCAUGACAGGAUCCGGGCGGUGGACUGAGAUCAUCGGCGCGGUGAAGACGUCCGGACACGUCCUCCGGUCCCUGCUGGCCGGAUCCAGUUCUCCUGCACUCCGUCCUGCACCUGAACGCCUCCCAAACACCCACCGCUGGUCUCCAUGGAAACAUGUUGACGCCGUCUGUAGGCUGUCUUAGUCCGACUGUUCACAGACGACACCAACCUCUGAGCUUCGGUCCGACGCUGUUCCUUCUGCCCACUGAGGGGCCACCAGGGGACCAGUGAGAGGCCACCAGGGGACCAGUGAGGGGCCACCAGGGGACCACUGAGGGGCCACCAGGGGACCACUGAG